UGAGUAAGUGUCGGAGAGAUGAAACUUACAUGGAAAGAGCAGAGCAAGAACACGAAGAAGCGAUCGGUUGCUGCCAUUUCUGGUUCCAAGAAUCUACCUUUCGACCAUCACGAUUCUAGCAAAUGUGACGACGAUAAAAAUGUGAAGCGAACUAAAGAUGUUGAGGGCGAUAUAGGGACCACCGCCGAAUUCCGGUCAGAUGAAGACGUGCCCACUGGAACCCUAGCCUCCCAGGACGAAGAAACCAUCAAAUUGGCUGGAUCAUUUCAGGCGCAAGGAGAAAAGUUCGCCGAGGAUGGGAAGUUCCGGGAAGCCUUGGGGAAGUGGGAAGCGGCUCUUAAUUUGACACCACUAAAAGCGGUUUUGCAUGAACAGAAGGCUCAGGUGUUACUCGAGAUUGGAGAUGCAUGGAAUGCAAUAAAAGCAGCAUCUAGAGCUACUGAAUUAGAGCCAUCAUGGGCUGAGGCAUGGAUCACCCUUGGUAGAGCACAGUUAAAUUUUGGUGAACCUGAUAAUGCAAUUCAGAGUUUCGAUAGAGCAUUAACCUUCAAGCCUGACUCUUUAGAUGCUACUGACGACAGGAAAACAGCAUACCAGCUAGUGAAAAAGAGAAAACAACUUCAUGAAACAGGCUUGACCGCUGACAAGAACCGUUAUGUCGUGGGAAACAAGCCUGAGAUUCUCUAGACAGGUAGGUGCAUUCUAUUGGCUCAUAUAUUCUGUAUUAGGGCAUUUGUUGUAUCCUACCAUAGGAGUGAUCAGAGGCAAAAUCUGGUCGUCAAAUUGAAUAUAAACAAGUGAUUGUAAUUAUUCAAGAAACUAAGUUUUAUAUAGAAACUGAAAUUUAUAUAUCUUGGUUGUUAAAAGUUG